AUGGAAAAUAGGAAGCGCACAACCCGAGCAUGUGAUGACUGUCGGCGCAUGAAGGAGAAGUGUGAGGGUGGAACCCCGUGUAGAAGGUGUCUCCGCUUCCAGCGCGUCUGUGAGAGAAGACAAGUUCCGAAGACAGUCGACUUCAGGGCCUACGUUCCAGCGGAACAACUGGCCAAGGCUGACUUUCGAGAGCUGAUCGACCGCUCAAAGUAUAUGGAACGAAUAUUGAAACGUACGAUUAAAGGCAUUCGGCUUGAUUCAAAAAGUCUUGCCGAGCUGGCGGACUCGCUUGAUGCCGAUGCCGAUAAUGCAAGCCUUGUCGGGUCGGACGCCCAAGAAGUGGAGGAGGGAUUGGUGAUGGACGAUGAGGCGUGCACAAUGGAUCCGAAAGAAGAUAACACAACACAUUUCUCCGGGGAAUUUUCAUAUUGGAACUUUUCCAUGCGGUUGAAACAACAUUUUGAGCAAAUGGGUGGAUGGGAGAGCCGGAACACAAGUGAUCACAGCAGAGGCUGGGACUUCCCACGAGCUCAUCAAUUACGACCAGGACGUGAUCAUCUCACAGCGGCAAUAUCGUGCUGUCCACCCCGUCCAAUUGCGGAAUUUCUAGCAAGAAACUUUUUCAAAUAUGUCGAGACCCACUACUUUUUAGUUGAGGAGACCUGGCUUCUCGAGAGGAUGAGUCUUCUGUACGAGGACCGCAGCAGUUUCACGACCAAGAAAGGCGGCGAGGUAGUCAUCAGCAUAUUACUUACUGUAUUCGCGAUCGGAUCCCAAUAUGCACAUCUAGAGUCGUCGGCUACUAAAUCGACCGCAACCGAGGGCCAGAAAUUCGCCGAAGAAGAUAUUGGUGCCAUAUUCUACCAACAAGCAAUCCGGUUACUCCCAGAGAUCAUUGAACAAUCUUCUCUCGAAAGUGUACAAGCUUGUCUUCUCUUCGGCUACUAUGCACUUCCUGUUGAUACCUCGGGGCUGGGGUAUAUCUACGUCAACCUUGCUAUUCGCCUUGCAAUGCAGAAUGGGAUGCAUAGGGGAUGCAAGAAUAAUGCCUUUACUACGACCAUGAUUGAGACCCGUAAUCGAGUAUGGUGGACAGCAUACCUCCUUGAGAGAAAAAUUUCGAUCUUCCACGGAAGACCUCUUUCAGUGCUCAGAACUGAGAUUGACGCGGCGCCCCCUGUAUAUCGACCUGAAUUGGGAUUGGGCGAUACUCGCACAAGUGUCGCACGCGCCGGGGCCUCGAUCCAAUUAAUUCAUUUUCUAGAGGACCUAUUUGGUGAUGUGAGAAAUCUUCGCAACUGCCGCAAACACCAGAUCCCCGAAAUAAUAUCGAGCCUCUUGAACUCGAAAACAGCGCUGGAGAAGUGGUGGAGCUCUCUUUCCCAAGAGCUUGUGUCCAGCAGUCGACAGCCUCUUGUGCAAAUUCGUUCCGUCAUGCAUCUUCAGCUGGAAUAUUGCUUAGUUCGCAUGUUCAUCGGGCGUCCAUUCCUGCUGAAGAAAGACUUGUCGCAAUCAAUGAAUAAUUCACCAGCAAACCCGGAGUCCAGUGUCGCCGAAAGAACCCUAUCCUCGGACUCUCCUGGUUUGAAGAAUUUCUCGAGUCGCAAAGAGUUGGUGGAUGACUGUAUCAAGGCAGCCAUGGAGGCUUUGGAUCUUCUACAGGAACUUCAAGAUUGUGGGUUAGGCUUGGCACGAGCGUCGUAUAUCGAAUAUAGCUCGUGCCGAGCCUCACUUCUUGUUUUGAUUGCCUACUCAAUCCAGAGUUUCUCAGAACAGUAUCGAACACCGCUAUACAAAGGGCUCGACAUGAUUCGAGAGAUGUCCGCGGCUGGUGAGUCGGCUCAGUCUGAGGUGUCUUUGAUCGAAACGCUUGAACGGGCACUUGCGCGUCUUCAUGCCGGGGUCCAGCUAUCCCACCAAGGUGAUAUCGUCUCAACCGGGCGACCCGUCUCGGACUACGAGGCUUUCAAGCAUUGGGGAACUAAAGUUAGGCAAGUUGUCGCGUUCGAAGCGCCAAAUCCUGCGGCAGGACCUGUCGCAAGUCAUACAGCGGGCGCUAUACUACAACCCGGCCAAUCUCGAGAUUUUUAUACCCACGCGUAUGAUCAAAUAGUGGAUGCGGAUUUCAGCCAGGCAUUCAUUUCGCCGUCCGAUCAAGACAUGGAUCUGCUCGGCGCCCUUGAUCCCAUUUUUGAAUCUCCAGAUUUUGGCGCUGCUAGUACAACGUUUCCGGCGGCAUGGCCUACCUGGACUGAGUCGCAAGUGCUUGAACAAUUUCUGACGAAUCCGGAAUACAGAUCAACCCAGGACAUAGGCAUGGAUACGAGAAGAGAAUAG